AUGUUAUUGUUUAAUUUUCUACUUCUAUUUAUUCUCGACUUCACUGUUGCUUUCCGUAAACAAGGAGCUGCCGUAAAAGGACGAUUGUUGUGUGGAGAAAAAAGUUUGAGAAAUGCCAAAGUCAAACUCUACGACCUCGACAGAAAUCCGGGAGAUACAGACGAUUUGCUGGAUGAAAAGUUUACCGAUAAGAACGGUGAAUUUGCUGUCACGGGAACCACCAGGGAAUUGACGGAUAUCGAACCUGUUCUCUACAUAUAUCACGAUUGCGACGAUGGGAUAAGGCCAUGUCAAAAAAGGAUCACUCUAAUCGUCCCAAAACGAUUCAUUCAUGGAGGAACACCAAAAGAAUGGUUGGAUAUAGGAACUGUUAACGUCGAAAUGGGUUUUCCAGAACAGGAUCGAAGUUGUAAUCAUUGA